AUGUCGCAGACACAGCCGUCCACACAGCAGGUGCUUGACCCACGCCGAGUGGGAAGGAAUAAUUCAGGGCUCAACGAUUGCGACAUCGCUGAUGUGCUUGUGAUACUCCACCCUGCUACACCUACUGCGAUCAAGAUUGUCGAAAACACAGCCGAGUCUCGUCCACAGCAUGUGCUCUUCCGCAACUCUCUCGAUCCCGACUCGAUGAACGCGUCUCUUGCCGACAUCGAGGAGCAGGAGACAAUCAUCAUAAACGGUGCUGGAGACAGGGUAGGCCAGAGCUCAAGGGCGGGUGCUGAUCUGGCCCUGCGUAUGUCUUCGGCGCGAACUCUACGUUUUAAGGAUCUAGGCUUCAUUUUUGGGCGGAAUCCAAACAGCGCUGAUAUCGUCUUUGGUCAAGAUUCCGGCAAGCGCAUCAGCAACCAACACUUUCGCAUCUACCUCAACCUAGACGGCGUGUUAAUGAUAGAAGACUUGUCGACCAACGGCACUAUAGUCGAUGAUCAGCUGCUAAAGAACAAGGACAAGCGUUUCAGCAGGAUCCGCAUGGUAGGCUCAGGAGCCAUCAUCUGCAUUCAGAGUUCCAACGAUGCCGAAAUGAUCAAGUUCGUCGUUCGCGUGCCAUCUCGCGUGUCGCAUAUCGAUCGCUUCCGGGACAAUCUACGAAAUUUCAUAGCCGAUUGUGCUAAAGGCGACGACAAGACCAAAGCUGUGCAGCGCAUUGGAAAGCACUAUGGCGGCCCUGCAAUGAAAUGGGACGGUGGAACGAAUUACAACAUUGUUGGUUUACUUGGCAAAGGAGCCUUUGCAACCGUCCACCAGCUAGCUACGAAGAUGGAAGGUAAGCUUCUUGCAGCGAAAGAGCUCGAGAAGCGCCGCUUCAUGAAGAAUGGCCAACUCGAUAAAAAGAUCGACAACGAGAUGAGAAUCAUGCAAGGCCUGCGGCAUCCGAACAUCGUCGAGUUUGUGGAAUAUCACGAUCAGGGCGACUACCUAUACAUCAUCAUGGAAUACGUGCGGCAUGGCGAUCUUCAGGCCUAUCUCAACCAAAAUGGCCCAAUGAGCGAGUCAUUGACAAGAGUCAUUGGCCAACAGAUCUUGAGCGCCCUUGCCUACCUGCACCGCUCUCAGAUCACACAUCGCGAUAUUAAGCCUGACAAUAUCCUCAUCGCCGACGUCGAUCCGUUGAAAGUCAAGCUGUCCGAUUUUGGUCUGUCUAAGGUUGUCAAGCACGAAGAGACCUUCCUCAAAACAUUUUGUGGUACCUUGUUGUACUGCGCUCCUGAGGUGUUUCCCGACUAUGGGGAAUCCAAGGGUACCAAGCGUCGACGAGGGGCAAAGCAGUAUCACUCAUACAGCUCAUCUGUAGACAUCUGGUCUUUUGGCGGCGUUCUAUGGUACGCACUCUGCGGCGAGCCGCCUUUCAAGGGUAUUGCCGAUGCUACAGGUCAGGCAAUGUACAACAACAUCACAACCACUCCCCUCAAGUCUACGCCGCUUGAGCGAGUUGGAGUAUCCCCUCAGUGCAUUGAUAUCCUCAUGAACAUGCUUCAGACGGACCCUUCGCUAAGACCCGACGCUCGCGCUUGUCUUAACCACCCCUGGCUAAAGGAAGGCAUCGCAAUACCACCAGAUCCAGUACUCCAGUCUAUUGUCGAAGAAGAAGAAGAGGAGGAGGAGGAGGAGGCUGAACAGCAACUGUCACAACUAAGCAUUGGAGGCGAUCUCGAAGAAGAAGAAAUACCUGAGUCUGACAACGAAGCCGACAUAGACGACGAUUUGAUCGAGCUUGUUGGUGAAAGCAGGCAAACGAAGCGUAUACGUGCUGACCCUCUAUACCCACGGAACCAGGUGCGCGACCACGACGAGGACUCCAGUGUCGAUGCCUCUUUCCAAUCUGAACACGUCAUCGACGAGGGAGAAAGUUUUAAGGUCAUGCCUACGCCACGACGACCGCGUCUUUUCGGUGAGAUCGGGCACUAUGCCUUGCAAAGUUCGGGCAUUCUCCACAACCACGCACAAGAAGCAUUGUCCCAGCCCGAUAACAUCGAAUCGGAUUAUCGUGACAGCAUGCCUAUCUUCAGUCAUACUGUAGGUGGAGCAGAGCGUGAGGUUCCGUUCAGUGCCCCUCCCCAUCUUGAUGGAGGCUUCUCUUCGCCUAGCCUUCUAGGCACCGAGUCUUUGGUGCGAGAGCUGAACAUGACUUCUCCAGUAUCGCCUGGAUCUGGGGUCUACAGUCCGAACGAGCCAGCCACACCUCGAACGCCAGAUGUGCCCCAACGUAACUCGCUUGAGCAGUCCUCGAAGUUUGCUAGCCAAAUCAGUGAGCCGACACCGAAAGCACGGCCGUCUACAUCAAACCGUCAGAUUAGUCUUCCUGUGACAGCGUCUUAUUACUACGACCCUCUCGACCCCAACACGCACAAUCUGGAGUACGCUUCACGAGUGAGCGGUUUCGACUUUGUUGGGGCUCAAAAAGAAGCAACAGCUGGCGCUUCUGCCUACGAAGAUACAACAAGGGGCUCCGACGUAAGCAGCAGUGUUGCAAGUACAUCGCAAACAGGUGAGGCACUAUCGCCCUCGGCAGAGGUGCCUUCUGUACCAGCCGAACUCGAUAUCAGACCACCACCCAGGCGGUUAGGCAAACUGGUGGCCACUGCAGAUUCGUUUGCACCGAACCUUAUACUCAACAUCGACAAAAGCAAGACGUCUUGGGGCCGACUCGCAAACAACACGAUUGUGUACGAUCAAAGUCGCGAUACACGCAUACCAAAAACAGCAUUCAUCAUCUUCUGGUAUUCUUCUGGUGGAGACAGUGCUGAAACAGUUCAGGAGCUGUCUCAGAAAAACAAAGACUGGACCAGUCUAGAGAAGCUGAACGUGGGCAUCUGGACCUGUGCAACUCAUGGCAUCUCUGUCAAUGGCAAGCACCUUCGGCAGAAAGACGAAAAAGGCCGAGCACUUUUUGGACACCUACAUACUGGAGACAUUGUUCAAGUGUACCAGGAUGCACGUGGGACAGAAUGUCUUAAGUUCCGUUGCGAGUUCCAUUUGGGGUCCGGCAAAGACCCACGGCCAACCAACAACAGCUUCCAGGUUCUCAAGCAGUAG